UUUGACCUCUGAACUCCCGUCUUGUACUAUAGAGCUACGUAAAAAUGGCUGAAGUUGAUUUUGGUGAUAGCGAGCUCUUUCAGCAGCUAGACUCCGCUCUGCCGGUACCGAAGCACAUUCGCUUCACAGAUGACGAGGAAGCAGAGGACGAGACGAGCCAUUUACGGAGCAGGUUGGAAGAGUGUGAGGACUACGUUCAAAGACUCAUUGAAGAGAAUAAAGGCUUAAGAAGGAAGAUGAACAUCCUGACACGACCAAGUGGCAUCACAAUUGAGGAUGUCAACAUUGAUGGGCCGCUUCUUCAAAUCCUUUAUAUAAACAACAUUAUUUCAAAGCAAUGCCGUCAAGAAAUUGAAGAUUGCGUCUGCAGUGUGAUUUUGAAGCACCAGAAACCAGGCCAUGAAAAGAAAAAAUCUACCUUUCACAUGAAACCCCAGAAUUCAGCUUUGGAUCUGGAUGAAGACCCAGUGACGUCAUCUUCUAGUAGUGUCAGAACAACAGCAGAAGCCUUUAAAAUGGUUGGAAGUGUCUUAUAUUUCACUACUUUCAGCGUUGAUAAGCUUGGACAGCCUGUGAUCAAUGAAAACCCACAGCUGACAGAUGGAUGGGAUGUUCCAACUUAUCACCAGGUUUUCAACCAAGUCAUUGGAACAGAUGGACUGGAAAUAGAAAUGAAAGACAAAAGACCCAAGUCUGUGUGUUUCAACUGUGGUUCAGGGAGUCAUCAGCUGAGAGACUGUCCAGAGCCAAAAGACAUGGCUGCAAUAAGUGAGAGAAGAAAGGAGUUUAAUCAAAACAACAACCAGGCCUUGCAGAGUAACCAACGAUACCAUGCUGAUGAAGUGGAGGAGCGGUUUGCUAAAUACAAACCUGGAGUCAUGAGUGAGGAGCUUUUGACAGCACUAGGACUUGAUGGCAGCACCCUUCCUCCUCUGAUUUAUCGCAUGAGGAUGCUAGGUUACCCACCAGGUUGGCUGAAAGAGGCAGAGAUGGAAAACUCUGGCUUAACAUUGUAUGAGGGAAAUGCUUCAAGUGGUGAUGGGAUCAUAACAGAUGUUGGUGAUUCACAACACAUAUCUUAUGAUGUGUCCAAACUGGUAGAGUUCCCAGGCUUUAAUGUACCUGCAUCACGCAAGAUGAAAGAUGAGUUCUUUCAGCAUGGUUCGAUUCCAAUGCAGAACAGCCACAUGAAGGAAAACCAUGCAGCCUACCUGUCGAACAACUUUCCUGUGCCUGGUGCCACCUGUAACAAGAGGCAGUAUGAAUCUGACUCAUCUCCACAGUUAAGGAAGAAGAUACGGCCCAGUCCCAAUCCUAACUCAGACAGGAGCUCAGAUAUGGAUAUUGAAUCGGAUCCAGGAACACCGUAUCAUAGUUAUGGCCCUGGUGACUUCCAGUUCCAACCACCCCUGCCCCCUGGCUCUCCUUGCUUCAGUUCACCUCCUCCUUUACCCCAGGGCACACCCCCUGCUACACCCACUCCCCCACCUCUCCCUAAAGGUACACCUCCUCCGACACCUACCAACGGCUCUCCAGCUCUGCGAGGUAGUGACUGGAUAGUGAUUGAUGAGGCUGUUGAGGGAGCAGAGGAUGACCUGACACUGGAGGAACUAGAGGAGCAGCAGAGGUUAAUCUGGGCAGCUCUAGAAAAUGCUGACACUAUUAAUAGUGACAGUGAGACGCCUGCAGCUGCAACACCUGUACCCAGUUCACCAAGUGUGUCCACGCCUAUGCGUGUCGACACAGAAACGGAAGAGAGUGAAGAAGCAAUGGACACGAUGGGAUCUGCAGAAACCUGCCAUAGCUGUGAAAAUAAAAGUAAACCAGAAGUCCAAGAGAUUUGCUGUCAGAGCCCUGGACCCAUCAAAGUUGAGGAUGACAGCCCUCAAAGCCCUGAACCAGUCAAAACUCAAGACGACAGCCCUCCGACUCCCGAUCCAAUUAAAUCCCAUGAUGACAGCCUGCAGAGUCCUAAUCCAAUCAAAUACCAGGAAGACAGCCCACAGAGUCCUGAUCCAGACUUCUCUACUGGGGGUGCUGAAGAUUGUGCUUCUCCGAAGCAGGUCGAGAAAAUAACAUCUGUUCCUCAUCGGAGUAAGUUUGCAGCUGGUAUCGUUCCAUUUGAAGAUACACCAGAAUUCACUGAAGUUGCUGAAGCUACAGGGACUUACCUUAAGAUCAGAGACUUACUUAAAAGUUCCCCCCGAAAUUUGGUGAAGAAAAAUUAAGUUUACUGCCAUAACUGGGAAAGCACGAGGAUAUAUGGAUAUUUUUAAACAAAAACUUUUUUUUCAUUUUCAUUACCAUCAUCUUAAGAAUUUUUUAGUAGUUUGUCACCAAGUUAAAUGUUCUACUGUAUGUGCAUUUGCUUAUUUUUUUUUGUAUAAAAUUCUUGUUUGUGACCUUUGCUGUAUGUUGACAGCACAACUUUACAAAUAUGAGGUAAAAGUAUGUAGCUGAUCACAACCUAUUUGUAUCAGAAUUCGGUGAAUAAGCUGACUUCACUUGCUGAUGUUAGACAUGAUUAGACAUGCAUAUACUGUACAUGGAAUUCUGUCCUGCACCAAUUUGCAUUUUGUUGUUAUAACAGUAGAAAGCUUAAUCUGCAUUUUUCUUAAUUAUAGCAGUCAACAGAUUAAUAUCAGAACUGAAAUAAACUUGAUUCAUCCCUUUCA